AAACAUGUCAGAGAAAGUGAGUGGUGAAACAUCGGAAGACAAGUCGGUCUCCGCGGUGCCUCCUGGCGCUGCUGCGGUGCCGCAAGACCUCCGAAGUGUUCUGGUCACCAGCGUUCUUAACCUAGAGAAGCUGGAGGUAGAUCUGUACAGAGGGACUCACCACUGGGUGCCCCGUACCCGUCGUCUGUUUGGGGGUCAGAUCAUUGGCCAGGCCCUGGUGGCUGCAGCAGAGUCCGUCAGGGAAAACGUUUUGGCUCACUCUCUCCACUGCUACUUUGUACGGGCAGGAGACCCCAAGGUGCCAGUGCUGUACCAGGUGGAGAGGACCAGGGAUGGUCGUAGUUUCAGCGUGCGGUCAGUGAAGGCCAUCCAACACGGUCAGCCCAUCCUCAUCUGCCAGGCCUCCUUCCACAGUAACCAGCCCUCUCCUCUGCAGCACCAGUUCACCAUGCCCUCGGUCCCCCCUCCUGAAGACCUGUUGACGGUGGAGGAACUCAUACAGUUCUACCUCAGUAAGCCAAACUUGGCUGAGAAAGCCAAGCAGGGCCUGAACAAGCUGCUAGCUGACGAGGUUCCCAUAGAGAUUAAACCUGUCAAUCCUCCAGACUUCUACCGCGGCGUUGCCAUGGAUCCCAAGAAGCUGUACUGGGUGCGCGCUCGAGGCUACAUCGGUAAAGGUGAUAUGAAGCUCCACUGCUGUGUGGCAGCCUAUGUAUCAGACUAUUCGUUCCUGGACACUGCUCUCCUGCCCUUCCCCGGGCAGCGGGCCGCUUUCUUAGCCUCUCUGGAUCACGCCAUGUGGUUCCACAACACCUUCAGGGCAGACGAAUGGAUGCUCUACGAGACUGAGAGCUCCUGGGCUGGGGGCAGCAGAGGGCUUGUCCAGGGACGUCUGUGGAGGAGAGAUGGGGUGCUGGCUGCCAGCUGUGCCCAGGAGGGGGUACUCAGGGUCAAGGCCGUGACGACCAACGCCGUGACGACCAACGCCGUGACGACCGAGAGCAAGCUAUAACCGUGACAACCUUUAAAUUGGCUGAUGAAGCCGUGUAGAGUCAGGACACUGGCUGCGUUCACACAGGCAGCCCAAAUAGGAUCUCUUUUCCGACAAUUGGUCUUUUGACCAAUCACAUCAGAUCUCUUCACAUAUAUUUGUCAGAGCUAAUAUAAUUGGUCAAAAGACCAAUUAGUGGGGGGGAAAAAAUCAGAAUUGGGCUGCCUGUCUAACGAGAGACACCCUGCCGAUGAACGGCUGGUGGCCACGGUGUGUUAGUGAUCACCUGCUGGGUGCUGAUGAACGGCUGGUGGCCACGGUGUGUUAGUGAUCACCUGCUGGGUGUUGAUGAACGGCUGGUGGCCACGGUGUGUUAGUGAUCACCUGCUGGGUGUUGAUGAACGGCUGGUGGCCACGGUGUGUUAGUGAUCACCUGCUGGGUGUUGAUGAAUGGCUGGUGGCCACGGUGUGUUAAUGAUCACCUGCUGGGUGUUGAUGAACGGCUGGUGGCCACGGUGUGUUAGUGAUCACCUGCUGGGUGCUGAUGAACGGCUGGUGGCCACGGUGUGUUAGUGAUCACCUGCUGGGUGCUGAUGAAUGGUUCAGCCUUCAUCCCCAGCCUUCAUCCCCAGCCUUCAUCCCCAGCCUUCAUCCCCUGCCUUCAUCCCCAGCCUUCAUCCCCAGCCUUCAUCCCCAGCCUUCAUCCCCUAGCCUUCAUCCCCAGCCUUCAUCCCCAGCCUUCAUCCCCAGCCUUCAUCCCCUGCCUUCAUCCCCUGCCUUCAUCCCCAGCCUUCAUCCCCUGCCUUCAUCCCCAGCCUUCAUCCCCAGCCUUCAUCCCCUGCCUUCAUCCCCUGCCUUCAUCCCCUGCCUUCAUCCCCUGCCUUCAUCCCCAGCCUUCAUCCCCAGCCUUCAUCCCCAGCCUUCAUCCCCAGCCUUCAUCCCCAGCCUUCAUCCCCAGCCUACAACUUCUGCAUCUACAAUCUAGUGAACCAUGUGGUGAUGAUUAGAAUGAGCUGAUUCUGACCGAAUAGAUUUUCUAAUCAAGAUAAAGAUUUCCAUAUGUAUUAACUCUUUUAUAUUUAAUUAUUUUACCAUUUUAAAUUAUUUUAUAAUUGCAUUUGGUAAUUGUUGUUUCUAUUUGUUGUGUCCAUUGUGGUUCCAUAAGCUUCCCUUAUUAAUUAUUGAAAUAUGAACAAUUAAUAUAUUUUCAUGAAUGUACAGGAAGGUCCAGUAAUUAUUGACACCCUUGAUAAAGAUGAGCAACAAAGACUGUAUAAAAUAAAUCAUUGAAAUAUUGAACUAUAUUGUAUGCAAAAAAAUGUCAAUUGUUUUUUUUAUCCUAGAGAUUUUGUUUAACAAGUAAUAAAAAAUCUAAAAAA